GUUAGUUGUGUUAAUGAUUUUUAAUUAUUUAUUUUUUUAUUUUUAAUUCAUGAUGUAAUUUUGAAAUUUUUGAUAUCCGUUUAUUUUAGCUGAUUGAACUUUCACAUGACCUUUUGCACAGAAAAAUUGAAUUUAGCAUUUAUGGAAUGAUUUCACUGGACGGAUCUUUUCUACAAGUGAUCCUAGGGACUAUUAUCACUUAUCUUGUUAUUCUAAUACAAACUCACCCUCAAUAAUGAAAAUCAAAAUAUUCCUCCUUAUAUAUUCGAAAUUUUCAAAUGACAUCAGCUAAAGUUUAAAAAUACUGUGUACCACAUUGAUUUAUUUUUUAAUCGAUGUCAAUUAGAUGCAAAUUCUAAAGAAAUUCUUGCUGAAUUUUCUCAUAGCUUAAGGCACCAACUUCCGGAAUUUACUACUUACGGAGUGAUAAAACUUGAUGGAUCUCUUUUACAAAAUGUUUUCGGCUCAAUAGUAACUUAUCUCAUCAUUCUUAUACAACUUCACUCUGACUGAGUGGUGAAUUUAAAAACAGCACAGCAUUCUACAAAAACACAUUAUCAAUUCGAUGAUUGAUAAAUGCAAUAAUAAAUUUUUUAUUCCUGUGUUAUUUAUGUGGGAAACGGAAAAUCGUUUACUAUCUCGAAGACUUAACAUAUCGAUUUGCCUUUUUAAAUAGAAGAAGUUUUUGAGAUGAUAAAAGAAAACAUUAUUUUCCUUAGAAAUUUCUAGAAGUUUAUUUGGACUUAAUAUCUGAAAAUUUUUGAUAUCUAUGAUGAAAAAAAAAAAUUGCUUAGAAGUUUCAUGAACGCCUUGGAAAGUGGAUUUUAAUGAAAUUUUUCAUCCUAAAACUUAUAAUUAUAUCCGAAUAAAUCCACAUGAAGUUUCAAAGCUUGGGAUUAUAUACAAUGUUUUUUUGAUAAUUACCAUGGUUACAUAUAUAGCAUUUGGAAUUGCAUUAGGUCUAUUCGAUCAAGAUUAUGUAAGCUCAGUUAUUGUAACGAUGAUUGAUACAAGUCUCUUAUCAUUUGGACUCAUAGUUCUUCUUAUCAUGUGGUUAAUAUAUACUUCACAACAACGCAAAAUCGUAAAUAUACUCAAUAAUUUGUACAAUCUACAUAAUCGUUUGAAGAAAUGUACAAGAUAUAAAUUAGAAAUCGAUUUUUGGUUAUAUAUUAUAACUUUCAGCAACAUUAUAAUAUGCUUUACUAUAUUAAUACUUGAGAUACUUACCGCUUUAAAUUAUACAGCAAUAUUAUGGGCUAUUCCGUUUAUUAUGGGAAGCUCUGUUUUAAUGCAAUACGCACUAUCAUUGAAUGUUAUUAUUCAAAUUUUAAAGAGUAUCAAUAAAGCAAUUUUCAAGCUUGGAAAUAUUGAUACAGAAGAUAAAAGUGAAACAUUAUUUUUCUCGAAAGUUUUAAUUGAAGAAUCGAUUAUCGAAGAUAUUAAUAUCCUCAAUUAUUCACACAUGAAAUUGAGUAAAAUUUGCAGCGAAAUUUCAAACUUUUAUGCAAUUCCAACAUUAUUGACUAUAAUUUAUUUUGUUACAACGACAACAUAUAAUUUUUAUUAUAUGAUACUGGCAUUAAUUACGAACGGUGAUGAAUUUUUGUUAAUACUUUGUAUAGACUGUGGCACAUGGUGUUUGGCAAUACUUACCGAAUUUGCUGUUCUGACUACAAGUAUCACCAGAAUCACACGUGAAUUUAAUGAUACUUCACACUGCAUUUUUUUACUUUUUAAUCGAUGCAAAAUGGAUUCAAAUACUAAAAAUACGCUCAGUGAAUUUUUAAACAGCCUAUUGCACCAUCAUCUGGAAUUUACUACUUACGGAGUGAUUAAUCUAGACGGUUUUCUAUUACAAAAUAUUUUUGGGACAAUAGUAACUUAUCUCAUUAUUUUGAUACAAUUUCGUCCUUACCAAUAA